GUCACUCGGUACAUCUCCAGUGACCACCGGCGAGACUGACCACCACUCCACGGCCGCUGACCACCACCACCAGUACCACCAGUACUCCACGGACACCGAUGACCCUUCAGAUUCCCUGGCUCUCCCCUCGUCGUCGUCACCAGGACCCAGGCCAGUAGCCCAGGGUCAUCACGUGACCUUUCAGUCGACGACACGCUUGGUUGAGCCUGUCAUCCCUUCUCGCUCUUUCUCCGAAAUUCCCUCACCAUCCUCGAAUUAUUUCACUCCCCACGAGACGGAUUACCAAAAACAAAACUCUCAGUCAUUGUAUUAUAGUGACGUAUCCCAACACACCGGACAAACAAACACAUUCACUGAGAGAACACAGAGGUCCGGAGAUCUUCCACAGAGAUCUCUCAACGAGGUUUGGAAUCGUCCGCUCCUUGGAGCUUUACAGAAUAAUACUCUGCUAGCGCCAUCGUUUGAGUUUGGCAGUAGUGUUCACGAUGUCGGGGCAAAUUCUCAAACAGUGCAAAGUGAUUCGGAUUUAAGUGUUGCGUCAACUUCACAGUUUGAGAGGGACAUUCAGAAUUUAAAGGCGUCUCUGUCAUCUUCACAGUUUUCGGACAGUGACCAGGAUUCGGAGAUUAUUUCGACUUCUCAGUUCGAAGACGGAGAUCAUAUCGGAGUUGUGCGGAGUUCGCAGCUUUUGAAGGAUAGCCGGGACUUACAGGAUGUGUUGACUUCACAGUCUAUAAAAACCAGAAAAGAUGUUACUGUUGAGCAGACUUCGCAGUCAGUAGAUAGUUCAGAAAAUCCUGAUGUGGGGUUCCUUUCACAACCAAGGGAAAGUUCCGAAGAUUUGAAUAGUCCCCCAACUUCUCAGUUGCUGGAGGCUGCAGAGAAUGUUAAUGUCUUAGCAUCUUCGGAUUCUGUUCACAAUACUAGAGAUUUAAGGGACGUGCCCAGUUCAAGAAUUUUGACCACCUCUAAUGCUGUACGCGCAACCCCACCCCUCCCCUCGCCCACAGUGUCAAUAACUAGUUUUAGACCCGUGUCAAAUUCUGGGGAAGAGAACCCAUUCCCAUCAUCCGAUAUCCCUACUACCGGUUACAGUGUUUCUAAAGUCCACUUGUCUUUCCAUUGGGAUUUAUCAACGUCGCCUACUUUUAGUGAAUUCAGCGGCACUAUCAACCUACUCAGUGAUUCUUCGAGUCUACGCUUAAAUACUUCGGUUGAGUACUUUGUGUCAAGUCUCGGGCACGCCUACCUUCCACACAUCCAGCAAGAGGAAACUAACAGAACCCACGACAACGACUUGUUUCAAACUUUUUCACCAAAGAUUCCUCAUUUCGAACAGACACAGAGUGCACACUCUUUUGCACCAGUUGAGAAUACUCGGCGCUUAGUUUUCGAAUCUCAAAGCGUGGUCCUAACAUUUCCCGAGUCAUCCAAAAGCUAUCAAUACUCUCAAGCCAGCCAUCUCUCGAUCUCAGUCCCCAAUCCACCUUCUCCUCACACACCUGUUAGUCCUUUGGGCGAUGAGAGUGACGUCGUACUCUUGUCCCCGUCCUUCGUCUCUGGGAUAUACGAGAACACUUUGAGCGUGAUAAGUGAACACAGUUUGACAUCGUCAUCAACAUAUCUCAUAUCUCAAAGCAACGACGACUUCACCGGUGAAAUUCUGGUUAGAACCCGUAAAGAACAGGAAACUUCGCCUUCACUUCCCAAGAUUUCUUCUUUGCGGGCGCCAGAAGAUUCUAGUGGCUCUCUUUCUCACAUUGUGUUAGCUACCCCAGGACUGUUAGUGGUUUCGAACGCAAACCUUCCAGAAUCUCAGGUUCACAGACUGACCUCACAUACCCAUGACCUGUCUUCCCAGUCCACAGAGCACGUAUCAACAGUUCAAAGCCAGGGUCAGGAGGAUAUCUUUGUAGUUACGGAGACCCCAGAAGCUCCCAGUCACUCAGAACACGUUUCCUUGACACCUACAAUCCUUCCAUCCUUAUCAUCGUCGUCGUGGUCAUUAUCAUCAUCUGUCAUCUACCAUGACGCGUCUUCUCCACGCCUGGACGCGUCACAAGACGUCACGGCUACGUCAUCAUCCAGUAUUCGUCCUAAGGUGUCUGUUGUCCAAUCACAGCUCGUGGACUUGAGCUCGCUCACGAGUCACACCACACCCCUGUCUCCUUCUCAAACAAUUGCUCGAGGAAAAUUAGAAUCAACUGACUUUCAGAGUCAAAGAACAGGAUACAACUACCAAACAUUAGUUCCAAAUAAAUUGGAAUCAACUUAUGUUCACCACCAAACCCAAGUCACGAACUCCUCACCGGAAAAGGACUCCUACACAACCGUUGAACCAUCGAGAUCUGUCUACAUUGUAGUUCCCAGUGUUAACACUUUCAGACACUUUUUGCUCUCGUCUCAGACUCCGCCCCUUGUCCCCCCCUCGUCAUAUCACAGUGUUCUUCAGACAAAACAAGACCCCACUGCCCACGAAUCUGAUACAGUCCUCGCCAAUCACUCAAUUAGACCAGAGUUGAACCCGUCUCCCUCAAGCACUGAGUUGGUAUCUGCUUUUGAAGAUAAUAGCGAGAUACCAGUCAGUCAAUCUCAAAACGAGCAAGGCCGGUCUUCAGAAGAAUCCAGACAGUCACAAAGUGAUCAGUAUUGGCAGUCAGAAGUGAGUAAAAGUUCUGAGUUUUCUCAGCCUAACUCAGCCAAGUUGGAAACUCAGAGUGAAAACCUACAACCCUCUCCUACACAACCAUUUAUCUAUGAAACAAACUUCUUCCAACAACAAGAAAACGAAGCUGAAUCCAGCGGAGUGAUCAGACUUUCUGAUUCCGGUUAUUUUUCAACUUUCGAACAUUCUGUCUCAGUAGGGGCAAACCGUCCAAGUGCGUUUCCACACUCAAAACUCAGCCCUGCUUUAAAGACAGCAGAGAACGUGAACCCUUUCCCCUCUCAUAGACAACCAGACCCCGUCACUUCUCUUGAGCUCCUCAGUGAGCUCUACACCGCUCUUAUACCUGAUGACAAUGAUAUCAGCUCUACACAAAGUGACGCCAUUGUAACAUACCUAAAGAGUACAGUGACAUCUAGCCCUCGGUACACAACACCCACCCACGACCCCAUAAGCCCCAGCGUGGUCAGAGAAAAUUCCUUUUCCUUUGUCACAGGCAUACAAACUGAAACGACUUUACCUAUCAUCGCUUCUGUAAGUAUACUUCCAGAGAGCAGAAGCUCAAACCUGUUUUCUUCAAAACAGGAACCUGGGCGUGAAACUCAACUCCCUGAGUUAGAAAGCUCUUUGUUGCUUUUUCCUUUAUCAGAAAAGGUGACAACACCACCAACAAUGGCUGACCAGUCCACUGUAACACAAACACAACUAGAGGGAUCAACAACGACGACCACGUCUCCCUUGCCCCAUGCCACGCCCAUAAUGGCGACGACACCAACACCUCCAGCGUUACCCGAACCGACCUUGACCCCCAGGUUUGUUCCAGGUGAGCUCACGCCGUCUCCGGUAGUCUCCGGGGUCAUGACACCCACCAUCGUGCCUUCCUCCUCCCCCUCCCCCCUUCCAACAGGGUCCGGGAAUUCCACAGACUACGGCGCGGAGGGGGGCGAUUCCCCCGCUAACGAUGUGCCUCCUCUGGGCACAGACAUGACGAUUGAGUCAUCCUUCACACCUGGUGUCUCCAUAAAUCCUUCAUCGACGCCGUUAUCGACCCCAUCACUUUCAUCACCAUCAUCACUGACCGCAACAACAACGUUGAAGUCCCAGUCACACACUUUCGGUUCAACGCUGUCCUCGGCCAUUCUGGGAAACGAUACAUUAAGCAGUGUCGAUUCUAAUGUAAGAAGUUACAACGAUACGUUCAGUGACAGUGGAAUCGCUACGACGAACUCUAUCGGUAUUCGUCCUUCCAAAACGGAUCAGUUCGUGGGGGCGAGUACUGUUGGGUUGCUUGGCAACGGGACGCUGCUAGUCACACCAAAGACUACCGAGGACCUGGGGCGCACAGGCGGAGACGGUGAGCCGCCCCGUGGCAGACGACCUGUGGGUGGACAUGGACACAUCCUACCACAUGCCCCUCCCCUCCCUCACCACCUGCACCUCCGGCCUGGAGAUGACACCCGUCAAACAAGAAAACCUUUACAAGGGAAUGCACCCUUUCAUAGCCAACCAGGAGGGACAGCUGAGCUUCCAGAAGGGUGACGUCAUCCAGCUUGUGGAGUCGGCGGACAACGGUUGGUGGAGAGGCGUCAUGGUCAAGGACGGUGCUUCUGGCUGGUUCCCGAGCGGCUUCGUCACUCACAUCUCUGGGCACAAGUUCCGUGCUGUGUACGCUUACAAGGCGGUGUCUAAGGGGGAGAUGGCGCUGAGAGAGGGGGAGCUGGUAGUGUGCAAGGAGCGGGACAGAAAUGGUUGGAUGUUCGGAUCCAAGCCGCGGACUCAACAGGAGGGCUGGUUCCCUUCCGUCUACGUGGAUGAGAGCACAGAGCGGAAUUUCCUUAUGAGAGUGAAGAAGCCGGGGACUUGACCUUUGACACCGGUGACGUCAUCACUGUCUUCAAGACGUUGGCCAAUGGAUGGUGGUUCGGUGAAAAGGGGGAGGAGUCUGGGUGGUUUCCGGGAUCCUUUGUCCAGCUAAUGGAGGACGAGAGUACACCAGUUGUCGCCGCACCAGCAGCGAGUGAUGACGUCACAACCAAGACGUCAGAUCCGGCACAACACCUCGAACCGUCAGGCCUCGCGCCGAAACAGACGUCAGUGGACGCAUCGGAAAACAACCCACAGAAACAAAACCAAACGGCUAAACCAUCUGAGCACAGCCCAUCGCCCGAACCGAUUACGUCAUCGGGUCAUGACCUCACGCCACCAAAGUAUAGUAGCAUGAACGGAGGAGUCUCGAGCCCCACGUCACCAGCAGACGAGACGACGGACGAUAAGUUACCUCUGGUGAAAAAGAGUGCUACAAUGUCGUCUGCCGGAGGCUACAAAUCUAAGAUAUCUUACCGGCCUAACCGGAAGGCCCCAGCACCACCUACAGGGCCCCCGGCUGUGAAGGGUUCUACAGGACAAGGGGACACAACUCGUAGACCCGCAAGACCCGCCCCCGCGCCACCAAAGCGACAAAACUCCAAGCUGAAAAACGAAACGAAUUCCGAUCUUCGAGCGCGUUCUGCCAGCGGAGCAGGGCAACUGGGAAAACCCACACUCCUCAUCCAAGGCAAAAUACCCAAAGUCAAAAAAGUGAACCUAAGCCAUUUGGACGAGAAAAGCUUGAACCCUUUGAUCCGACCGUCAAAGCGAGGCUUCGUUCCAAAACCAACGUCGGAAGCUCGAAGACGGUCCAACCCACGUCCGGAAGUGAGGUCAAAGCCGCACACACCGGUGCCAGACUACCCUCAGACGAGCGAGGCUUCCGUCACGUCUUCUCCCUCCGAUGACCUUCACAACGGGAGAUUAAAAGUAGGCCUAGAAGAAGAUGACGCCUCAUCAAAGGCCUCCCUCGGGUCGGGGACUCAGCAACAUAACACAGCAGUCGGGAGCGGAGUUGAAGAUGGGAAGUCACUCUUUUCACACGGUGAGAAAUUGUCGGAAGGCAAGCCGGGCAGUCAAGGGGGGAAACUCGACGUCCAUCACAGGGAUAGAAGUCUCACGCCGGACAAAAAAAGGGAGAGAAGCAACUCCCCAGCUCUGCCCACCACCGGUCGCUUUCUGCUCAACGUACAACGGUUCAAUAACAGCAUACGUCACUCUCCAUCACCGUCUGCAGACAGUGACAGAAGCUCCUCCCUCAAAGCCAACGCCACUCCCCUAAGCCAAAGCCCUAACGCCGAGCUGUCGUUACUAACAGCCACCGGAAACACACCCCCUUCCGGUAAGUCUUCCAACGCCGGAAGUACGCCUCCUCCCGCCAAGCCGUCGUCUGCUGGCAGAAGCACGUCGCCUUACAGCAAGUCAACCAGCACGUUCCUGGGCUCAAAGAGACCGCCUAGAACUCUGACCACUGUCCCUCCACCCAGCGUGCCAGUGGUCAAGCCCAUCAAGACCCAGCACUUGCCCAGCCGUGGUCAGCAGAGACAUUCCGGUGGUGAUGUUUUAGAUGUAAGCCCCUCGCCUCUACAGACUUUUGGCGGAGGUUUGAACCAAAACCCUCUAUCGCAUCAGAAAGAUGAUGGAAGAGUCAAUAACAUGUCAUCACCAUCAACAACUCAAAAUGCCGCAAAUUCUCCUGAAAAUAACGGUCGGCUUGAUCCGAGAACAAACCACAUGUCCCCAACGAGUGAUGCCGAUGCACGCUCAGACGAGAUCAUGGAUCAUUGUCAAGCCAGAAACGAGACCAACAGCCCCACUCAGCAAACAUCCGACAACCUCAGGCGUCCUUCUAACGCCGUGACCAUACCACAAGCCCAAAACCGGGGUCAGAACCGCGACUCUCUGAAAGUAGAGCCGGGCACAGUGUCUGAGAUUGUACAACAGAUCGACAGCAUCUCCACCAAGGCAGCUGUAGCCGUUCAACCCCCGAGAAAAAACAGCAAAGACCUUCUGACUUCCACCGAAAACUCGGGGUUUCUCCCCUUUAAGAAAUACAGCACCGCCUCGUCUUUAGACAGCACUACCAACAGUGACGUCACCACCGACGCGUCCAGAAAAGACAGCAUCUUUUCCGGAUCGAUGACGACCGUCACGGACAUCAUCCAAAAUGGCGGCGGUAGCAUGCGUUCACACUCACGAGAUGACUCAGCAUCCUUACCGGAAGUAGACAGCUCAUUUGUUUCCGGGUCAAACAAAGACGAUUCUUUAUCUCAUCAGCUUGGAGUUUCCUUCUCCCCGGGUUCUGAAAACAUUGUCCCCUACGCCCCUCCGGAUAAGAUCACAGAAUUGUGAUACACUUCUUUCGUGUUCAUUUGCGAGCAUUAUAUUUCUGUGUGAAUGGCUCUGAUAGUAAGUAAUGGAAACUCCCUAGUCGUAGUAGUUCACGAGGCAUAAUUAUUCUUGUGAUAACAAGAAGGCAGUGUUUAACAGUUGCAAUAGAGGUUAAAUUUUAAUUACUAAAUCAAUCAUAACUUUUCAAUCCGCAAUAAUAAGCUCUUUUCUUCAUUCGUAAGAGGCGAGUAGGAUUUUACCUUUAAAUUUUACACUGAAGCGCCUAUCAAAAGUGAAUUAAUUUCUCAGUGCCUUUGACAAAUCGCUAUCUUUAAAACUUUUCAGAAGUUUGGGGAAUUUUCUUAGUUAUCCAAAGACAGGCCCCCAGUAUCAUCGGAAAUGGACUUUAAAUCAGAGUUUCUGCCUGUUUUGUUCAUGUAAAGUACUGAAAUGGGAAUCAAACUCAGGCUUAAGAAGCCAUCAGUUGGUUUUUUUUAGCUCAACUGCUUGUACAUGGAUUUAGGAAUUUUUGCACAAAGUUUUUCAGCGCUACAGCAGCAAGAGUGCCUUUGGCAUAGGAAUAAUUCUCACAGUGUGAGGAUAACAUGCGCCCCCCCCCCCCCCUUCUUUCCCUAAGACGCUGUGCCUUAUUGCUCUUCUGUAAAAGUCGGAAUAGAGCACACCAAGAGAGAAUCUCCAACGAAAAUGUUGUACAUUUGUGAGGCAUCGUGGUGGAAUCAGGCUCUCGUCAAAAUAAUCAAAGUGAAGAAACUUGCAUUUUU